AUGGUGCACUGUGCGGGCUGCAAAAGGCCCAUCCUGGACCGUUUCCUCUUGAACGUGCUGGACAGGGCCUGGCACGUCAAGUGCGUCCAGUGCUGUGAAUGUAAAUGCAACCUGACCGAGAAGUGCUUCUCCCGGGAAGGCAAGCUCUACUGUAAAAACGACUUCUUCCGAUGUUUCGGUACCAAAUGCGCGGGUUGUGCGCAGGGCAUAUCUCCAAGCGAUCUGGUGCGGAGAGCGCGAAGCAAAGUCUUUCACCUCAACUGCUUCACGUGCAUGAUGUGUAACAAGCAGCUUUCCACCGGCGAGGAGCUCUACAUCAUCGAUGAGAACAAGUUCGUUUGUAAAGAGGAUUACCUGAGUAACAGCAGUGUCGCCAAAGAGAACAGCCUCCACUCUGCCACCACAGGCAGUGACCCUAGUUUAUCUCCGGAUUCCCAAGACCCAUCGCAGGAUGAUGCCAAGGACUCGGAAAGUGCCAACGUGUCGGACAAGGAAGGUGGGAGCAAUGAAAACGAUGACCAGAACCUAGGUGCCAAGCGCAGAGGACCCCGAACCACGAUCAAAGCCAAGCAGUUGGAGACUUUGAAGGCAGCCUUUGCAGCUACACCCAAGCCCACACGCCACAUCCGUGAGCAACUGGCCCAGGAGACUGGCCUCAACAUGCGGGUCAUCCAGGUCUGGUUCCAGAAUCGACGUUCCAAGGAGAGGAGGAUGAAGCAGCUGAGCGCGCUGGGCGCGCGGCGCCACGCCUUUUUCCGCAGUCCCCGCCGGAUGCGGCCGCUGGUGGACCGCCUGGAGCCCGGCGAGCUCAUCCCCAACGGCCCCUUCUCCUUUUACGGAGAUUACCAGAGCGAGUACUAUGGUCCCGGGGGCAACUACGACUUCUUCCCUCAAGGACCGCCAUCCUCGCAGGCCCAGACGCCAGUGGACCUACCCUUUGUGCCAUCAUCUGGGCCUUCAGGGACGCCGCUGGGAGGUCUGGACCACCCGCUGCCUGGCCACCACCCUUCCAGCGAGGCACAGCGAUUCACCGACAUCUUGGCACAUCCACCAGGGGACUCGCCUAGUCCUGAGCCCAGCCUGCCCGGGCCUCUCCACUCCAUGUCAGCGGAGGUCUUCGGACCCAGUCCACCCUUCUCAUCUCUGUCCGUCAAUGGCGGGGCCAGCUACGGGAACCACCUGUCCCAUCCUCCUGAAAUGAACGAGGCAGCCGUGUGGUAG